AUGUCUGGCAUCAUAUGGAACGUGAGGGGGUUUGGGAAUUUGGCGACACAGAGGAGGGCUCUGUUUCUGAGACGACAUCAUCAUCUGAGUUUCUUAGCAGUGUUGGAGCCUAUGGUUGAUUUGUACUGCAGGUACAUGGCUCGGCACAUGGGGUUUGAGGAGGUAGUCUCUAAUAAAUCUGGGAAGGUUUGGUUUUUUUGGGAGUCUACUAUUGCUUGUAAAGUUUUGUUUGAUCAUGACCAGUUCCUACACUUGGAGCUUUCUUCGCAGCUAUUCCCUUCUUUUAUGAUUGUGACAGUGGUCUAUGCCAAGUGUACGAGGUUAGAGAGGAGCGUAUUAUGGGAGAGCUUGGAGGAGCUGAGGCCAGAGGGCGACAGAUUGUGGCUAGUGGGAGGAGACUUCAAUGUCAUAUCUAGCAUGGAGGAGCACUCAGCAGGAGUUCUAGCUAGGCCAGGGGCCAUGGAGGAUUUCAAUAAUUUUAUCAUGCUUGCUGGACUGGUGGAUGCAGGUUUUGUUGGGGACAGGUACACAUGGACGAAUAACAGGGUGUGGAAGAGGUUGGAUAGGGUUCUCUUGUCCCCCUCCUGGGGCAGUCUGGAUUUCACAGUCAGAGUGGAGCAUUUGAGCAGGGCAGCUUCAGAUCACUGUCCCCUACUUGUGGAGUUCCCAGGCUUCCAGAAGCCGAGGGCCUCCUUUAGAUUUCAGAGGAUGUGGGUGCGGCACAGGGAUUUUAUGCAGACGGUGAGGCUGAAUUGGUGUUUACCUAGUGUGGCACAGGGACUGCAGAGGCUACAGAUGAAGCUGAGGAGGCUGAAGGAGCAUCUGAAGUGGUGGAACAUGGAGGUGUUUGGUAACAUACAUGACAGGGUUUUGCAGGCUGAGGAGAGUAUGGCUGCAGCUGAGCAUGCAUAUGACAGGGACCCCACAGAGCAGAGCAGGACUCACAGGUCAGAGUGUCAGGCUCACCUAUUCAGAGUGCUGGACAUGGAGGAGGACUUUUGGAAGCAGAGAGCUGCUAUCAGGUGGAUGGGAGAGGGGGAGAGGAAUACUAAGUUCUUUCACUCCACAGUGCAGAAGAAGAGGGCAGUUAGCAGACUUUUCAGAAUUUGGGAGGAGGGGCAGUGCCUGGACCAGCCUGAGAGGAUCAGAGAGUCAGGAGUCAGAUACUUUCAGGAGCUGCUGACAGGGGAGACAGUGGAUAGCACGGCUGUGGACACUGAUUUGAUACCUACAUUGGUCAGUACAGAGGAUAAUUUGAUGCUUGCGGCCCUUCCAUCAGCUGAGGAGGUGAAGCAGGUGGUCUGGAGCAUGUGUCAGGACAGUGCAGCGGGUCCAGAUGGGUUUUCAGUGGCCUUCUAUAGAGCUUGCUGGGAGAUUGUGGGGGAGGAUGUCCUUCAGGCUGUACUGGAUUUCUUUCGAGGGGCAGAGCUUCCACGGGGCAUGGCGUCUACGACUAUAGUGUUGAUUCCCAAGGUGGACAGUGCGCAGAGGUGGCGGGAUUUCAGACCCAUUAGCUUGUGUAAUGUGUCCUAUAAGAUCAUCUCUAAGCUGAUGGCGCAGAGGAUGGCUUCAGUGUUAGGGAAGGUUAUAUCCCCAUCUCAGAGUGGCUUUGUUCCAGGGAGACUGAUUUCAGACAAUAUCUUGAUGGCCCAGGAGCUUGAUCACAAGCUCAACUACCACAUCAGAGGAGGGAACCUUAUACUGAAGCUGGACAUGGCCAAGGCAUAUGACAGAGUGCAGUGGGGCAUCCUUUUCAGAGUCAUGGCAGCAUUUGGGUUCUCAGAGGCAGUGAUUGCAUUCAUCAGGAGGUGUGUGACCUCUUCUUGGUUUUCGGUCCUGGUGAACGGACAGCUGUCAGGCUUCUUUAGAUCACAGCGUGGCUUGAGGCAGGGUGACCCCAUCUCCCCUUUCCUCUUUAUUUUGGCGGCGGAGCUUCUCUCCAGAGGGAUAGAGGCCUUAUUUGCAGCGUACCCAGGGAUGGCUUAUGCGACAGGAUGUGAUAUGAGGGUGUCCCACCUGGCCUAUGCGGAUGAUGUGGUCAUUUUCCUGAAUGGGUCUCUGGACUGUGUGAGGAGGGGGAAGGAAUUCUUGGACAGGUAUGAGGCCCAGUCAGAGAAGAGCUCCUUCAUCCCCUCGAGAUGCAUAUCAGACAGGAGGAGGCAGCAGAUAGCAGCGGUUACAGGCUUUGGUUUGGGGGAGAGGCCUAUGCUUUACUUAGGGGUUCCAAUCAUCUCAGGGAACAAGAGGACAGUCCACUUUGCGCCACUGCUGGCGAAGAUUCAGAGGAAGUUUCAGGGUUGGAACCUCUCACGCCUUUCACAUGGGGGUCGCCUGAUGCUGAUCCAGAGUGUUCUGAGUUCUCUGCCUGUCUAUCUCCUCCAGGAAGGUGCAUUGGGUAGCCUGGAGGGACAUUUGCAGGCCGAAGCAGGAGGGAGGGCUGGGGAUCAGACGGCUGUCAGAGGUGGGGGCGGCCUUAUCCAUGAAGUUGUGGUUCAGAUUCAGAGAGCAGUGCACACAGUGGGCCAGAUUCUUGAGGAGAUCUUAUUGUGGGACGGUGGACCCAGGUGUGGUGACUCUGAGGAGCAAUGCUUCCCCCAGUUGGCGCAGGAUGAUUCAGACCAGAGCUGUGGCAGAGAGACAGAUUGGGUGGAUGGAGAGGGGACCGUUGUCGGAGUGGUGUACAGUGCAGGGGCCUCCAGAUGUCAGAGUGGACCGGUUUUUAGUUGGAGUCAGGAGAUACUUCAGAGGGUGCUGCCCUCAUCAGUGGCGGAGGAGGUGACAGAGGUUCAGCUGAGGCCCGAGGAGGAGGAUGUUAUGCUGUGGCGACCCACCAGAGAUGGGAGAUUUACUACGAGGUCUGCUUGGGAGGCCUACAGGACUGCGCACCAGAGGGAGGAUGUAGCGAUAGUGACCUGGAGCAGACUCCUCCUCCCCACCAUUUCCGUGUUCAUUUGGAGGUUCUUUCGGAGACGACUGCCAGUGGACGUGAUUUUACAGCAGCGUGGUGUAUGCUUAGCGUCCAGAUGUCAGUGCUGUGAGGCAGUGGAGUCAUGGGAGCAUCUGUUCUAUGGGAGCCCGGUGGCAGGAGAGGUCUGGGGGUACUUUGGACAUUUAUUUGGGGUUGGCAGCUGGAGGGUGAUGGAGAGCUGGAGGGCAGGCACAGCUUGGAGCAGCUCUGGUUCGGUGAGGGAGAUCACCCCCCUUUUGAUUUGUUGGUUCCUGUGGACGGCCAGGAACGACUCCAAGCACAGGGGGCUGAGGCCAGAGGGACAGAAGAUUAUCAGGCAGAUCACACAGUACUGGAGGGUCGGGAUGGCUUCUGGUAUCAUCAAGCCCAGGCACUGGAGGGGAGCUAUCUCGGCAGCCCAGGCUAUGGGGAUUCAGGUGAGGAUACGGACAUUGCACACGAUCUCAGCAGUACACUGGAGGAGGCCUGAUGAUGGAUGGUUCAAGCUCAACACAGAUGGUAGUUCUAGAGGGAAUCCAGGUGAGUCUUCUUACGGUGCUAUUGUUCGAGAUCAUAGUGGACAGGUGGUGGUGGCCAGGCAGGGAGUCCUUGGAGAGGGCUCCAAUAUCAGAGCGGAGCUUAUGGCGAUCCUGAGAGGCUUGGAGUUGUGCGUGGAUAGGCAGCUCUCCCCCAUUUGGCUGGAGUCUGAUUCCCUGGUGGCACUGCAUAUCAUCAGGUCUUCGGGAUGGACAGAUUGGGCUUGCCGUAUAUCAGGAGCUCUUGUAAGCCAGGAUAGCACGCUGGAUGGAGGGUGA